CAGUGGAUUCUCAUUAUCGCAACAACAUGGGCGCCUCGAAUGUUCCAUGUUUCUGCGCAGACUCUGGAGAAUUGUUUAGUAGGGAAGAAACUAUUGUUUACGGUGCAUCACGUUUUCUAUGAGAUCACGCCACUACUAUAUUAAGUUAGAAGAACUGUGGUUCGAACAACUUGCAUUGGUGUCGGAUCUGAUAAAGGGCUUGUUUUCAAGAGAGAGAUGGUGUGGUACACUUUUGCACCAGGAUCUUUACACAGAGAAAUAUUUUUUAACUAUAUUUCUGGACGGGAAAAUGAUGCUUUCAUGAAGCUACCAUGCUGAGUAAGUAAAUUAUUUUCAAAAUGAAUUUUUCAGGAACUUAAGUAAAGUGAGCUCUACAUUUAAGGAAGUGAUAUCACUAAGUGUUUCUUACUGUCUGUUAAAAUCUUUAAUUCUGUGAGUGAAAUAAGACAAUAGUACAAUAUAGUUGGCAACAUAUAAAUAUACCUGGCAAAAAUUUAUGUAUUGAAAAGAUUUAAUCUGAUUGAGGAAUAGUGAAAACUACAACUGUGAGGAACUUCUUUCAAUUAUUAUUCAGAUCUGAUAAUCAAAACUUGUAAUCCUGAAGACAAAAAAAGUAAACCAGAUGACAGCACUCUUGUUUUUGGAAAAAAUUUCAGUGACCAUAUGUUUGAAGUAGAAUGGAAUGAAGAUCAAGGAUGGGGUAAACCUGUAAUAUCUCCAUUGCAUAACUUGGUUCUUCAUCCUGCUGCCAAGGUUUUACAUUAUGCUCAAGAGUUAUUUGAAGGAUUGAAAGCAUUCAGAACCAAAAGUGGCAAAUCUAUCCUUUUUAGACCUGAAUUGAACAUAGAACGAAUGCUAAUAACUGCAGAAAGAGCUUCUUUGCCGUUGUUUGAUGGUGAUGAGUUUCUGAAAUGCAUGAAAAAAUUGGUUUCUAUUGAUCAGCAUUGGAUUCCUGAUAAAGAAGGCUGUUCAUUGUAUGUUCGACCAACACUUAUUGGAAUAGAGCCAUCUUUGGGAAUUGCAUCAUCUAAGAAAGCUUUAUUGUAUAUUAUUACUGGACCUGUUGGUGCGUACUUCUCAAGUGGACAAGAAAAAGCAGUUUCUCUUCUAGCUGAUCCAAAACAUGUUAGGGCUUGGCCAGGUGGAGUAGGUAACAAAAAAAUGGGAUGUAACUAUGCACCUACCAUUUAUAUCCAAAAGAUAGCAGAAAAGCAAAAUUUACAGCAAGUACUUUGGUUGUACGGGGAAAAUCAUCAGUUAACUGAAGUUGGUACCAUGAACAUAUUUGUUUUCUUGGUUAAUGCAGCUGGGGAAGUGGAGCUUGUCACACCUCCUUUAGAUGGAACAAUACUUCCAGGAGUUACUCGUCAAAGUCUAUUGGAUUUAGGUCGUGAAUGGAAUGAAUUUAAAGUCUCAGAAAGGCUUAUUACUAUGAAGGAAGUUAUUCAAGCUAAAACUGAAGGGAGAUUAUUGGAAAUAUUUGGAUCUGGAACUGCCUGUAUUGUGUGUCCAGUAGGCACAAUCUCAUAUAUGGGUGAAACUAUUACCAUUCCUACAUUAGAAUCAAAGAAAGGGCUUUAUCGACGUUUCUUAAGUACACUUUUAAAUAUUCAGUAUGGAAAAGUGCCUUCAAAAUGGGCAGUUUCUGUUGAUGAACCAUGAAAGUAAUGACCUAGUUUAUAAAUGGUGGGAGUAAACAAUCCAGUUGACGAACAAGACAGAAAAGAUCUUCAGUAUUCUGAAUUUCUGCCAAACAUCCAGAGUCACAUUCUCCAGUGCCAUUAUAAAUUCUUUUUAAUGUUGUUCAGAGUUUAUUUUUGUAUAAGACAUGAUUUUAAUAUUUGUUGUAAAUAUUAAAUUGUUUCUUGUUA